AUGGUUAAUAAACAUAAACGACAAAAAUCAUCAAUCCUGAAUAUAGGGUAUUAUAUACCAGAGAAUCAAGAAGCUGAAGAGGUGGAACCUCAAGAAGAGUAUCAGAAUCCUCGUUUAACUCCGCCAUUAUUGGAUUAUGACAAUGAUCCAUAUUUAAGUUAUAAUUUUCCUAACCUGGCACCUAUGCCACCUAUGAAUGUUAGGCAGAAUAUGGCUCCACCAAUGGUUAACGAUCGGUUUUAUUAUAAUCAACCGAUGUAUUUAGAUCAAGGAUUUCUGUAUUUACCUCCACCAGGAGGAAUGCCUUCAGGAGGAAUGUCUUCAGGAGGAAUGCCUUCAGGAUCUGUUGGUCUGUCAGGUACUGUAGGACUGUCAAAUAUCGAACUGACUCAUUCACUGUCACUGUCUCAUCCAUCAUCUCAUCUUCCCCAGUCUACAGUUCCCAAUAUUAAUUUAUCACCCAAACCAGUAUCUACUGCAAAUACCCCUAGGAGAUCCCCCAAGAGGAAAUAUAAACAUCAAAAAUCAAGUUCAAUGUCAUCAAUACCUCAAUUCAUCCCCAAUCCUCCUAUAAUACCUCAAGCAGUAGAUAGAAGUGAAAGAUCUCCAGAGAGAAUCUUACCAUCAAUCAAGCAUAAACAAAAUUUAUCCAUAUCAUCACAUUUUAAUCUUUUUAAUUUAAAUGAACCCGAAAUCAAACAUGAACCUUUAAAUCCAGUAGUGAAUGAUCUUUUAGGUGAAAUCCCCCAUAUUGAACCGUCAACCAUAAAUAAUUUCUUAUUGAGAAUUUUAUCUAAAGCUAAUGAUAUUCCUUUAGAUGAUUUUUAUAACCUUCUUUAUAAUGAUAUUAUUGAAACAUCAAGUAAUUAUGGUGAAAAACUUGAUAAAUCCCAAAUCUUACACCAUUCAAAUAAUAAUUUAACUAUCAUCAAUGAAAUUUUAGAAAUUUUCAAAAAACCCGAAUUAGUAAAAAAUUUAAAUCCUCCUGAAUCAACUAUUAAUGAGAAUAAACUUCAUAAUAUCAAUUAUCAUGAACUUUUAAGAACGUUUUUGGCCAUUAAAAUCUUACAAGAUAUGUUAAUUCAAUUACCAAGAGAUGAACAUAAAGAGAUCACCAAAUAUAAUAUUCCUAGAAUAUCUUUAUAUAAAACAUAUUAUAUUAUAUGUCAGAAAUUGUUAUUACAUUAUCCAUCAUCAUUUCAAUCUACUAAUGAUCAUCAUAAGUUAAUCUUAGGUCAAAGUAAAUUAGGGAAAUUGAUCAAAUUAGUUUAUCCCGAUUUGUUAAUUAAGAGAUUAGGUAGUAGAGGAGAAUCCAAAUAUAAUUAUCUUGGAGUUAUUUGGAAUGAAAACAUCAUCAACGGAGAAAUCAAGAAUCUUUGUGAUGAUCAUGAAUUACCUCAAUUGAAUGAAAUCUUCAAUAAACAGUUCAAAUCCAAAGUUUCGGAGAAAUUGCCCGAUUUAAGUCUUGAUCAUAGAUCAAGUAAUAGUAGUAUUGAAUAUGAUUUUGUCAAAUCAGAGAAUUCCUAUAUUAAUAUGACGUUGAAGUAUCCUUCAAAUUUCCAAUUACUUAAUUGGAUAGGUCAUCAACAAACAAUAUUCAAUGAUGAACAACUUUUAUCAUCAAUAACUUCGAUUUUCUUAAAUUCCGAAAGAAUAAGUAUUUAUCAAGAUUUACAUAAUCUUAUGAACUCAACUAAUCAUAACAAAUUAUUCAUGAUGAUCUUAUUACAAUUAACACCUAUUAUGUUAUUAAUCAAACCAGUAAAUGAUUUGGUUAUUAUCAAACAAAACAUCAUAGAGUUUAUAAAUGAAGAUAAUGAUGAUGAUUUGGUUAAGUUUAAGCUUAUUUUGAAGAAUCUUAUCAAUUUAAAUGAUUGUAUCAUCUCCAUAAUGAAGGUAAUCUUUGACGAUGAAAUGAUUAUCAAUGAUUUCAAGAAUUAUUUCAAUUCUUCCAAUUAUCUUAAUAAUUUUUUGAAUUCUUUGAUAAGUUAUAAUUUCGAAUUGCCAGUAGACCUUCAAUUUAUAGAUAAAGAUCUUUCGUUGGUGAAAAAAUUCUUUACUGACGAUUUAAUCAAUUGGUUGAAUGGUAAUCAUUUUCAUGAUAAUAAAGAUGAACUUUUGAAUAAUGAACAAUUUAACAGUUUAUUAAACUUUUUCUCCUUGUUGGAUAAUUUGAUAUUAAUGUUUAAGAGUUAUUCAGUUAAUUCAUCGGUGUAUUUUAUUCAGUUAGUGUCUAAUGAUUUAUUGAAACUUGUUUAUUUUAGAAAUGAGAGGAACUUCCAUCAUUGGUGGUUGGUGAAUAAUUUCAUUCAAGAUUAUAUGACGUUGGUAGGGGAUUUAGUGGGAUUAAAUAGCAUUUUGUAA